GAUUAUUGGUUUGGAGCUGUACUGUGCAAGUAGCACUCCAACAGCUUUUGAAGAAUUAAAUGUUAUCUACCAUUUUGCCUGGAAACAGCUUAGUGACAGUGAUGGUAAACCAAGACCCAAAAUCACUUGGCUGAAAGACAAUCAAACUCUGGAAAGCAAAGAUGUGGGAAUUCGGAACAGCAACACAGACACAAUCCUUUUCAUCAGAAAGGCAGAGCUUCAUCACUCAGGAGCAUAUGAAGUCACUCUUCAGAUAGAAAACAUGACCGAUAAAGUUGCAAUAACAAUCCAAAUCAUAGAUAAGCCUGGUCCUCCUCAGAAUGUAAAGCUUGUAGAUGUAUGGGGAUUUAAUGCAGCUUUGGAGUGGACACCUCCCCAGGAUGAUGGCAAUGCACAGAUCUUGGGCUACACGGUCCAGAAAGCUGACAAAAAGACAAUGGAAUGGUAUACGGUUUUUGAUCACUAUCGUCGCACAAACUGUGUAGUGUCAGACCUGAUUAUGGGAAAUGAGUAUUUUUUUCGAAUCUUCAGUGAAAAUUUGUGUGGAUUGAGUGAAAAUGCUGCAACCACGAAAAAUCCUGCCCAUAUCCAAAAAACAGGCACCACUUAUAAGCCACCUAGCUACAAAGAACAUGACUUCUCUGAACCUCCUAAAUUCACUCACCCUUUAGUAAACCGUUCCGUGAUUGCAGGAUACACCACCACACUCAGCUGUGCUGUCAGAGGAAUCCCCAAG